AUGAAAAUAUAGUUGUGCGUAUUUGAUGAGUUUCAAAAAAAAAUGGAAAUGUUCAACACAAUGAAUGAUGUAAUAAUAUCGUUGUCAUUGCGAAAAACUAUGGAAUUUCCUGUGUUAAAACAAUAAAUAAAAUCGACAUUACGAUCUUCUGAACUCAAUAUAAAAUAUACAUUGUUGGAAAGAUUCCGAAAAGUACAUUUUGUUUGUGUUAUAACAGAUCAAAAUAGGAGGGCAUUCGAAUCCAAGAUUUGGCUAUUGGAAAUUUUUCGAAAAUGACAUCACUACGGCAGAGAGUUUCAACAUAUUUUCGACAGCUAAGUUUCAUAGCUGAACCACAUAGGAGUGUUGAUCCACGAUUUGCAAGUACGUUGAGCCCACGAAACACUCCUGGUGAUGGAUGCUUUAUGACAAAAUAUCUGGAAGGGCAAAUGGAGGACUGCACUUUAAAAGGAUCUAAGACAGAAAUAUUUCAUGGGAAAGAACCUGCAGAUUUACCAGAUUUGCCCCUUCGGCCAUAUGACAUCGGCCCCCACACUGUAGUUGCGGCUUGCACGGGACCCGACAAAGGUUUAACUACAGUGAAACGGUCUCGCAUGCAUCUUUCUCUGGGAGACGACAUUGAUUUCAUUGAUACGCCAACUGAAGAUUCUAGCGUAACUAUGACAAAGCCCGAUCGAAAUGCAAACAAAGAAAUCACAAACGAAACCAAAGUACGUCCUCGGAGGUUAUCUAAAAGUGGUUCUCAAGCUGACGAAUCAACGACAAUCCAUCAAAUGAUGACCGAAUCAAGAUCGAGUGGUAAAGUGAAUAUUACUGUUCAACGAUGGACAAUGAUGGACAAUGUGAAAGUUGAAUCCACACCAUGUCCAGAUUCUGACAAGUUUAACAAAAACGUUGGGAUCCGCAAAAAAAAUGUGCCAUCAAAUGAGGUGACACCUGGCGCAAUAAUAAAUUGCCACACAGCCUCCUCACCUGAUGAAUAUGCGGGAAUUACCAAUUGGCAAAUGGAAAAUGACAAUGCAUGUGGCAUCUCGAUAUCAUUGUACGAGAAGAAUAUAAUUACUCAAGAGUCGACAGGUACCUACAAUUUCUCUUUUUCCGAAGUAUAAACUAGGUUUAAAAUUCCUCAUCUUGUUGAUGGAGUUUCCAUUGGUUAUAAGCUCGAAAGAGUUUUACUUUUCCGCAAACUUUGUUUGUAUGGAAAAGUAUUGGUUUUACUAGCCAAAAUUUCAUGACAUCUCCUCUUUCGGACCACUAAAACGUCACGCCAAACUUCAAAAAGCACAUAUCUGUACACUAGGCAAUGUAGAUGGGAACAAAUCCUAUCGAUCAAGACCUAUCUGCCUCUAAAAACAUGUUGUUUACUAUGAAAAAUGUGCAAAAUUGCGAUGUGCGUAUGGCGUCGUUCGCGUCCGCGUCCGCGUUCGCGUUCGCGUUUUUUGUUCGCCGAUUAUCUCAAAAAGUUGACAAGAUAAUUGAGAUCUGUAAAAGCCAAAAGUUUUGGCAUGUCGAGACAAAGCUUUGGAUUGAUUUUGAGCUCAUUCUGAUUUACUCAUUUCGUACCAUAAGCCUCCGACUGAGGACUUGAAAAACCUUGAAAAAGUACACUUUUGUACGGGAAGUACCCGAAAAAGGCAUUUUUCGGGGUUUCGAUCAAGGCAAACUGAUGUUUUUUUGCAAAAAUAAUGGGAGUCUAUGAAAAACCGAACACCUACUUGCCCAUAAAUUUGGUCCGAAACCAACAUUUCUUGAAAUUUUUGAAAUUUUGUUCGAAAAUGACACUUUUUUAUGGAAAAUGGUCGAAAUAGUUAUAUUUUAAGGUCAAAAAUGCUAUGAAAAAAGGGUCCAUUGAAAUUUUGUUUAAACAUUAAGCGGGAGGUAAACUAAAUUGCUGCGGAGCGGAAAAGUUUGGAUUACGUAUGUAAUUCGUUUUAUUUUCAAAAGAGACUCUUUCAGAACAAUCUUAGCCAAAACUCGCAAUAUUUUGACACAAAUUACGGCUGUAAACUAAAGAUUUUGUUUCGUGUCAAUCUACCAUACACAACUGCAACUUCAUGUCAUUGUUAUCAACGUUGUACCAACGCUGUGCCUUCUCAUCGUUGUCGCCAACUGGUGUUAGCAAGUGUACUACAAACAAAAUGUCAAAAUCAAUGUCAAAUUAGUCAACAGAAGAGUGAAACAGUACAUAUACUUGCGAGCACCAGUUGGCGCUUCGGAGCUAUUUAAUAUAGGAACUGUCAAGAAACCGCAGUGUUGCGUUAAACGAUUUUCACAAUAUGUAUUCUAGGGUAGCCCAAAUGCCAAAUGUUUUAAAAUUUGCAGCUCCCUACCGCUGAUCCCAAAAUUCGGGCCGAAAAAAUAAAUUUAAGCCAUUUUCCGACAUACUUUUACUAAUCAAAUCCACUCCCCCGGGAGCUAUGUAAUUUGUAGGGGAAUAAAAUCAAUACAUUGAAGAAUAUUCAAAAAUUUUGGUACUAUAUCACUGGUCCGACCAGUGACGCUCCAUAUACUGUGCAUUUUUAGCCACAAUGUCAAAAAAUGCCA